GGCAGCCUGGGUCGCCGCCACGCUGCUCUCCGCGGCCCUCUUCGUGGCCGCGUGCGCGGCGCCCGGGUGCCGCCCAGACGCGGUCUUCUGGCCCACGCUGGCAGCCAGCACGGUGCUGUGGGUGGUCCGGGCAGCCAUCGACGUGCCCAGCUGCGAGCUGGGGGACUGCGACGAGGAGGGCCCCUCCGCGCACCAAUGGGCCCACUGGGCGGGCUCGCUGGGCUGCCUCUUCGCCUGGGCGGUGCUGUCGCUGCUGGCCAUCGAGCCCUGCCUGACGGCGAUGGUGUUCGUCCGGGGGCACCGGGGCGAGGGGAGCGUCCAGAGCCUGGAGCACAUGCUCGCCCAGAAUCCCAGGCCCGUGCAGUUCUUCUUCAGUGACGGCUUCGUCGACCACCACCUCAGCGUGACCGAGAGCUUGUGCGCCGCACGCCAGCCGCACGCCGACGACGCCGUCGUGGAGCGGCAACCAGCGGCGCCGGCGCCCGCCGAGCGGGCCAGGCUGGGGCCGCGAGCGGCACCUCUGGAGGGGAGGCCCGUGGCCUCGGCGCCGUGCGGCCCCAGGGACACCCUCUCCAUCGCCCCCGUCUUCGACUCGGAGCUCGAGGCCGUCACCAACGGCACGGUCCGCGCGUGGGCCCGCGGCACGCAGCGGGGCAAGGUGCCG